CUUUCUCGCUCUAAAACCCUCGGCCUCUAUUCGCUCUCUCUUGUCCCCUUCUACUGGUUUUCCAUCCAUUUCACGCCCUUUCAGGCAGUACCCAUCUCUGUUUUCCUAUUCUCUCUCUAGAUUUUUGUGGCUAGAAUGCACUACCAGACCGAAGCUUGGGGUGCUUACAUGGCUCCAAGGACCGCAGGAACCGACCCAUUAGAGAGAGUUGAGAGGCUUGCGGCUGAAAACGCAGUGGUGAUUUUCAGCAUAAGCAGUUGCUGUAUGUGCCAUGCCGUUAAGAGGCUCUUCUGUGGAAUGGGCGUUAACCCUACUGUGUAUGAGCUCGACGAAGAUCCGAGAGGUAAAGAAAUGGAGAAGGCUCUGGUUCGGCUUCUCGGGAGCUCUCAGGCCGUCCCUGCUGUUUUCAUUGGGGGAAAGCUCAUUGGUCCAAUGGACAGAGUCAUGGCUUCUCAUAUCAAUGGGAGUUUGGUGCCUCUUCUCAAAGAGGCUGGUGCUCUCUGGCUCUGAACCUCACGAGAGUUUUUCUCUCUCUUGUUUUUUUGUUUUCUUUCUCUCUCUAACAGAAGAGGAGUCUCCUCUAUUUUGCUUGACCCUCUCUCUCUUGCUUUCACUCUCUCUCUAACCCUGUCUUGACACUUGCCUUGUCUCUUUUUUUUGCUUCUCUCUCUCUCUUGGGUGCUCUCUUUCUCUUGCUUCGUGCAUCUAACUCGCUGUUUACUCUCUGGUUUUUGUUUCGCUCGGUGCAAAGGAGAAAUGUAAUUGUCCGCUAUCUGUAUAGAAAAACACUUGAGGAAAGA